AUCUCGCAGUCGAACGCUUGGACGGUGGCGCUACGCGACGUUCAGAGGAACCUCACCGGCUUCUACAAGUGCGAGGUGUCCGCCGAUGCCCCACUGUUCCACACCGAGAUUAAGUCCGGCCUCAUGAUAGUAGUAGAUCUUCCCGAGGGCGACCCCGCUCUGUUAGCGGAGAAACUCAAGUACUCGUUAGGGGAGAAGAUACGAGCGAACUGCACGUCUCGUGCCUCGUACCCCGCUGCUAAUCUGACUUGGUUUGUCAAUGGCCAGCAGGUAAAUUACUUGGCAUCUGCCUCAAGGAACGUUCGCCAAUACUAACAGUGCAAUUACUGAAAUUUUAAAAGGCUGAUAAAAGAUCCAUGAUCACUAGAUGUUAAAUUCAGAAGAAACUUAUAUGGUUUUCUAAUGCGUGCAUUGAAAUUUUAUGUAGACGACUUCACUGGUAUUAAUUUUAACCGACUUCUGAUCCUUAA